AUGGAAAACUUUUUUGAUAAAUAGGCUUAUUAAAUUGAAACCGGAAUUCCGAUCUUCAAACAAAUAGUAUUACUUAAAAUAUAAUCAAAUGAUGUUGUAAGAUGUCAUUUGAAAUUGGAGAAUACCUAAAUUUCUUUGUAUGACUACUGCAAAGAAGAAUUGAUAUUAAAUACUAUAAAUAUUGCUAAUUCUUAUCUUGAAUUUACACUCCAUGUCUGCAUGGGAAGGGGAGUCUAUAUCAAACAAUCUUCUAAAUAAUUGUAGAUUUUUGGAUUAACACCAUAAUUGAUCUAAAUACUGAAAUUAUACGGAAUUUAAAAAGAUUUUGCGACUCAAUAUACAGUUAUAAAGGAAAUAGGAAGGGGAAGUUUUGGAAAAGUAAUAUCAUUUGUGUAAUAUGAAUAGGUGUAUUAAGUAAAAAAUGUGUAAAAUAAUUAACUAUAUGCUGUGAAAAUGUUUGAAAAAUAAUUACUUUUGGAUACUAAAUAUAGAUAAGCAAUUAGAAAAGAGAUACAAAUCUUACGAUUAAUGGAUCAUCCCAAUGUACUUUCUAUAGUAGAAUGUUUUGAGAGUGAACAAUGCAUAUUUUUGGUAGAAGAAUUACUUGACAGCCAUUUGUAAAUAGGUGUAGAUUGUAUACUAAAGGAAGAAAAAGCAAUCCUCAUUUUAAUCAAAGUUUUAAAAGGAUUAGAAUAUAUCCAUUCGAAAAAUAUAUUACAUAGAGAUAUCAAACCAAAUAAUAUAUUACUUAGAAGUAAUGGAGAACCAGUAAUUUCAGAUUUUGGAUUUGCUGAUUUCUAUAGACUAGAUGGAAAUUAUUUAUUUCUAAAAUGUGGAACAAAUGGUUAUCUUGCUCCUGAAAUGAUUACUACUUAAAAUUAUAAUUACAAGGUAGAUAUAUAUAGUCUAGGAGUGGUAUUUCGUUAAUUAUUAACUGGUUGUGCAUCAAAUCUGUUUGAUAUUAGCACUUUAUCUAAUGAUUGUCAGAAGUUGAUAUAAGGAAUGCUAUGUUCUAAUCCUAAUAAUAGACUAUCUAUCAAUGAAAUAAGAUAAAAUAAUCUUAUUAGAAGAAUUUUAAGAAGAUCUUAAAUACUCAAAGCAAUGUCUAAUAUAUCAGAAAAAGCAAAGUGUUGUUUUAUUAAUGACUAAAAAAAUGAUGUUGAAACCAAAAGCUUUUCUAUAUAUUAAUCUUAAAUACCUUCUCUAAAGAGUUUAUGA